AUGAAGCUGAAUGAGAAGGUCUUGGCUACUGAGAAAGCUACCUACCAGCCACCACCGAAGGAAGGAGUGAUGGCGAGGGAGGAGUUGAAGGCGAAGCUGAAAGGAGUGCCGGUAGAGGAGUUGCAGGUGGAAGCUAUUGCAAUGGUGGGAGCAGCUGCAAAAGUGGAUCUAGAGACCCUGCAUAGGCGUCUAGGACAUGCGGGGAUGGAGCGGAUUAAGGAGCUCGUGAAGAAGGGCAUGGCAGCUGGUGUGGAACUAAAGGAAGGAGAUGGGAGUAAGGGGAGGGAUGUCAUCUUCUAUGAAGAUGGCAAUUACCUUCAAUGGAAAGGGGUAAACAAGGAGAUAGCAUCGGGAGCAGCCGCUACACUAGAUAACGUGGAGGGGCUGCUAGUGGAGAAGGAGAACGAGGGGAUAGGAUGUGAUGAGGAGGAGGCAGGAGACAGUGUGGACACAACUAGCAAAGAAGCUGUUUGGCCGGAGCCACAGAGGAACAAAGUGGUAGAGGAGGCAGCAGAUGUGCAGGAAGAAUGGUCCCAGGAAGGGGAGAAUGAAGAGACGAGUGCUGAGGAGGAAACUCAGAGUGUGGAGGUUGUGGAGAGUAGUGAUGGGUCAGCAAAGGAGGACGGGAGUAGCCCAUGGAAGCUGAUCGUUAGUGACGCUACUAGUGAAGCUGCUAAGGAGAUAAACGAGCUGUUGGAGGACGAAGCCAUGGUACUAUGA